AUGAUGAACGAAAACUUCUCCUACAGAAUAAUUAAAUUUCAAGAUUUUGAAGAAACAGGAGCCCACGAAUGCCUUCAAAGCAUCCCAGCCUGUCUCAGAAUUUAUAGACAGGAAAGGAAGAACACUAGAGCUUGCUUUAUCAUGAAUGCUUUUGGAUGGAUACAACUUGGUCUUACUCUGUUGUGCACCACCGUCAUCUGCAGUCAUCAGUGCAACCAUCUUCAAUUACAGCAAAGAAAAGCGAUUGAAAACAGCCUGCAACUUUUGGACAAAAUGGGCAAAAACUUUCCUCAACAAUGUCUAAGAGAGAAAAUAUCCUUCAGAUUUCCUAAGCGGGUUCUAGAGUCCAGACAGAAAGAGACUGUCAGAGUUGCCAUUGAAGAGAUCUUCCAACAUAUAUUCUAUAUCUUUAGCAGAAAUUUGACUCUAGCUGCUUGGGAUGGGACAGCUUUGGAUCAGUUCCAAAAUGGACUUUAUCAGCAAAUUGAGCAAUUGGAGGCAUGUGUAAUCAAAAAGCACACCCACUACUGUUGGAAUAAAGAAGUCAGCAGGCUGAAAUUGAAAAAAUACUUCAAAAAAAUAGACUGUUUUCUUAAAGACAAACAACACAACCUGUGCUCCUGGGAGAUCAGCCGUGCAGAAAUCAGGAGAUGUCUCCAACUGAUUGAUAAAGUGACAAGGGAGCUUAACAACUAA